AUGAAUCCUGCGGAGGGACAGAUAUCCGGAGUGCAGAGCGCGCGCGGCACCGUGGAGUCACCCGGGGGCCCGGUACAUCCCCUCAGGGGGUCAUCAUCACAGGGUACACCCACCCAAAUAUCAUCACCCUGCACCCUGACACCCAGACCCCCCAGCAGCCUCCGAAGAACUCCCCUGGGAAUAAGAGGAAGAUGCAGCAGUGGAUUCAAGUCACCAGUUCAGUCCCCAAGUGUCAGCAAAUCGUCUGCAUCUCAUGGAGACAACCUGCAAAGAGACAUCUCAGACCUGAAGACCAAGGAAGCCUCCUUAGAUAAAGAAAUAGAGCGACUAGAAGCCGAAGGCGUCUGCACAGAGGAGUUGGACGAGCACAUCUCACUACUUCAUGAAUACAAUGAGUUAAAGGAUACAGGACAGAUGCUGUUAGGCCGACUUGCCGUUCUCAGAGGAGUCACCACCAAAGAUCUCUACGCAGAAUUCGGUCUGGACCUGGAGGAUUGAGAACGGAUGAUGAUGAUUUUUAUCUUUAUCGCACGCGCUAUUUCAUUAUAGCUUGCGCUAUUUUGGCAAAGAGCGCCCCCCCCCCCGCCUAAGCCAGACCUGACUGUUGUUGAGUAAGCACCUAUACUUUACUCUUAAAGGGGUUAUCCAGGAAAAAACUUUUUGUUAUAUAUC